AUGGGAAGUGGCACGGACUUAACUGGGAAAUGGCUCCCCCUGGGCCAGGAUGGGUCCUCCCCUCUCCUCUCCCCUCAGUCAGCCCUUGUGAAGGUCCAGCUGCCAGAGUGGAGGAGAAGAUGUGGUACACGCUGGCCUGGACAGAAGAUUUUAUUAAAUCCUCAGACCUGCGGCUCCCAGAUUGGCCAGGUCAGAAGCAUCUCAACUAUUAGUGGCCAUGCACCCUUCUCUACCAAUAAGCUGUCUUCUUGCUGUUCAUUGGAGGCCCUUCUGCCUGGACCUUUUUAUGGGCAUGAUGCACCUAUAUCUGUUUUUAAUUUUCACUCUCCAUUUGGGGGAAGUGAAAUACCUCAGAGAUGA